AUGGCUACCAAGAGAUUAGCCAAAGAACUGGGUUUACUGAGGCAACGCAGCAGCAGCUCAUCUGGAUCCAAGAAACUAGUGUCAAAUCAGAUUUUUGCUUACAUCGUUGUCAUAGAUUUUGAGUCAACGUGUUGGAAGGAGAAGAAUAACUACGGCCAAGAAAUCAUCGAGUUCCCUGCUGUCCUGUUGAACACCUCCACAGGCGAAGUGGAGAGGGAGUUCCACUCAUACGUCCAGCCCCAGGAACAUCCCAUCCUGUCCAGCUUCUGUACAGAGCUCACAGGAAUAUCCCAGAGCCAGGUGGAGGCCGGGGUUCCUCUACAAAUAUGUCUGUCCCGCUUCAGUCGCUGGCUCCAGACGUUGCAGCAGCAGAAGGGCCUGGAAUUCCCCAACAGACAGCCCAGUACUGAGGCCUCAAACACCAGCACCCUCUGCACCUUCCUCACAUGGUCUGACUGGGACCUGGGUGUGUGUCUGCAGUAUGAAUGUAAGCGGAAACAGAUAAACAAACCACACAUGCUGAACAGCUGGAUCGACCUGCGCAGCACCUACAGGCUCUUCUACAACAGAAAACCCAAAGGUCUUAACGGAGCGCUGCAAGAUCUGGGAAUCCAGUUUGAAGGCCGUGAACACUCCGGGCUGGACGACGCGCGCAACACCGCGCAGUUAGCGGCGCGCAUGACGAGAGACGGCUGUGUGCUGAGGCUUACGCGCUGCCUGGACCCGAUGCCGAUCACUGCAAAAGUUAAAUCACUGGCAGAAGCCAGGAAACCAUCAAUACAGAAAGAAAAUGACCAUGGAACACCCAUAAUUACCCGCUCUGCUAGCUCGCCGUUUGCGGGGGAAGCAGGCAUGUCAGGCGGCCAGAGCGAGUCCAGGAAACGGGCUAAGAAGCGGUACGGGGGCGGCGGAGGGAAGCGCUGCAGGGGCUCCCGGGAGCUGGAGGUGGGCAUGCAGGGCGUCCUCAUCACCUGCAACAUGAACGAGAAGAAGUGCACCAGCGAGGCCUUCAACCUGCUGGGGGAGUACGCGGACGAGCUGUACGGCCCCGAGAAGUGCAAGCUCCAGUCUGCAGAAGGCAGCAGUGAAGAGGAAGAAGGGGAUGAUGUGGAAGCUGCACUAAAGAAGGAGGUGGAGCAGCUCAAAGGUGCCCAGGCCAAACAGCAGAGACGCUUCCAGGCCCUGGAGAGUGGUGCCAACAACGUCAUCUUCAUCAAGACGCACAACCUGGAAUCGGACAAGCUGGUGCACCACAUCCUGUCUGACCUGCACACCACCAAGAAGAAGAAAUCCCGUGUGAUCCUACGAAUGCUUCCUGUGACCGGAACAUGUAAGGCAUUCCAGGAAGACAUGUUGAAAUUUCUGAGCACUUUCCUGGAGCCCUGGUUCAAAACUCCCAACGCUGCGUCCUACCAGAUUGUCUUCAAAGCCCGCAACAGCAGCCAUAACAAGAAGGAAGAAGUCAUCAAGGCCGUCGCAGGCCUGGUGGGCAAGCUCAACCCCAAGAACAAGGUGGACCUGACCAGCCCUGAGCUCACCAUCAUUGUGGAAGUGAUCAAAGCCGUGUGCUGCGUGAGUGUGGUCCGUGACUACACGCUCUUCAGGAAGUACAAUGUCCAGGAAGUGCUUAAGGACGACAUCAAGCCUCCAGAGGAGCCCAAAGACAAGGUGGCCGGAGAGGAGCCCAAAGACAAGGGGGCCGGAGAGGAGCCCAAAGACAAGGGGGCCGGAGAGGAGCCCAAAGACAAGGGGGCCGGAGAGGAUCUGAGAGACCAGGGUAAAGGAGAGGCAAAGCAAAGCACAAACCUGGAGAACUCUGAAAGAGCACAGUGA